UAUUUUUCAAAAUGGCUGCGCCCAUAAGGUGCAUGAGCGCAAUGUUUCAUCACAUUCAUCUCCGAAAUGUGUGCCAUAAAUGUUGGAGAUACCUACUCGGUGGAAAUAAGUUAUUGAAGUCUUACGCGCUGAGGGGAUCUUUUAUGAUUUCUGCCUCGGUCCUUGCAGCACAGAUCUCUGAAACAAAACUAACUGUAGGUGCCCCCUGAUCCGACUACCUUGACACACUCUUACCUCAUCAAGAAUGCAUCAACGGUUGCCAUGGAUGCAUCUUCAACUGUGUUGUCUCAAGUUGUUGCGAGCAUCAUCCAAACAGAGAAGGAAUACAAACAGACUUUGGACGAGCUGAGCGAGUUGCUGGAGUUUCAGCUCCAAGUUAUGGGGCAUGGAAGCCCACAGGAGCAGCAAGUGUGGGAUGAAAUCAUUGCCACGAGAGACAGACUGGCUGCCAUUAAACAAAUACAGCAGGACCUGGAAAGUCUGUACUCCAGUGUUGAGAAGCUGAUGGAUGCCUCUGGGGAGGUGUCUUUCUUUGCAGGUGCACAGUAUGCUACUACAUGUACGGGAGAGCGUUUGUACAGCGCCAAGUCUCACAUCAACGAGGUCAAGGCUGUAUCUAAACAAGCUGAAGAAUCGCUUAAUCGCCUGGAAGUGAAAGUAAUUGAGGAGACGUCCAAGCAGGAGGAGGAGAAGAAGAAAAGGAAUGCCGCUGAUGAAGAAGAAGCAUCCCAGUUCAUUGACUUAGACCUUGAGAAUCAGAGCGAUGAGGAUGAAUCCUCGCAAAGCUCGGCCUCAUAACAUCUGGUGUCAAAGGAGGGGGGCUGAGGGUGAGGGUCUGUAUAAGGAGACCAAUGAGGAUAGGAUGGUUACAAAGUGUGAUAUGGUUGAUCAGUGAAACCCAAAACAAAGACUGUUGCUGAUGCUCUAUCUCCCAGUGCCUGUCUGUCUGACCAAAACAGGAUUAUUUACAGACAUUAUGUAGCUGAGGUACAUGAUAUUGCUGGUGGAAAUGACCCUUCAGUCUCUUUUACAGUGGUAUUUACAAUUUAAAAAACAUGUCAGAUGAAAGGUAAGUGAAUUCAUUCACCAUCAGAGGUCACAACCAAGCUCAAAUGUAGAAGUCUGAUACAGUUCCUAGUGUGAGCGAGUAAGUUUGGUUUUCGGCCACUUUUAGCAGUAAUCCAGCAAUAUCAUGGUAGGUGACACCAGAAAUGGUCUUCACGCUGUGUACAGUAUCUAUGUGGGGAAUCAAACCUAGGCCUUCAGCAUGACAAGCACAUACUUUAACCACUAGGCUACACCACUGCCUCUGUACAACCGGAGCUAUGUUGAAGGUCAUCUGCCUUGAUAUGGUUGUUUAUACUGACUCAAGGAGUAUUAGUUGCAGAGAAUUGUGCCCCAUUGCUUGAAAGGAUCUGAUCAACUUUCACCAUGUGAAAUCAAUGAGCAGGGUUGUGUGUCAACAAACCAAGAAAAUCGGGGAUUGAAACCCACAUUCCUGGCAUGCCCAAGGGAGGCAAUUCUGCAAAGAAAACUGUGGUAGCUGAAAAUGACCUGGGUGCCGUUGACCACAAUGAAAUGAGAGCUUGUGUAUUUGGUGUCAAACUCUAUUGAUUUAUAUUGAUAUGUUAAUAAACAACAGCAAUAAUGAAUAUUGUAACAGUUUUAUUCAUAAAAAGAAUGUAAAGUCUUAAUAAGGUAAUGAAAAUAUCUUUGACUCUGCACUCAUGAAUUUGCUUUCACACUAAUGACAAAUUGCACUCCAUGGAUUUCAUAUUCCUAUAUAUGCAGAAUUCCAUAUCAAAUGAAACCUUAUACAUGGCUGCUUUGUAAAUAAGCAACUUUAAACAAGCAGAAUACAUAAAUAGUAGGGUUACUAUUUUGGCAUAAAGUAUUAAUGCCAGAAAAUAUUAUAUAUAUUUGUACUUAAUAAAUGUUUUUAACAGAUUUAGUGCCCUGUUUCAUGAAAUUUUGUCCCUUCUUUCAAAAGAGAAGUAAAAAUUAUAUUUCGA